AUGGGAAACAAAUCAUAUGUUCCUCUUGAAAGACCCAUCGCCACUGUCCGAAACGUAUACAAGGUGAGUUUAUUGUGGAUAGAACUCUAAUUGAUCAACUUCUAGGACUACGAACUUCAAGAAGUGAUGUUAUCCAUGAGCUAUCACCCACAAAACUGGUUCUGUUUUGCAAUCGACUUUGAUGCAUCCGAUUUUUUCAAGUAUCAGUUGCGACGUCUUCCAGAUUGUCUAGAUAAUGUCAUCGUGCUCAAAGAAGUUAGUUUGAACGUCACCGAUAAUUAAAGUAUCCUGAGUAAAGUAAAAAUCUGACAAUUCAGACAUUUGACUUCGACUCGGCCGGACACAACCAGGACCUCGCUCAUUUUGAGUGUCUCAAGAAGCUCAGAGCAAAAAACUGGUACCACGUCCUAUUAUUACAGGUCAGAACUUCUGAGAAAGUUCGGAAAUCAUAUAUUUAUGAUCUUCAGAAUGGCGACAUUCCCUUGAAAACUGCUCGAGAAUUUUCUUUGAUUAGCGAACUUUUGAACGUCACGAGUGAGAUGGGAUUCGAUAGUCCACUUCCAGCCAGGUGUAGCUAAUAUUUUUCAGAUUUUCUAGAAGAAAGUUCUAAUUCAGGUAUAAUGAUAGUAUCGACUGGUCUCCACGCGGGCUGGGAAUGUUCAAAAAUGGUUAAAAACAAUCAUCUUACUUAUGAAAUAAUUCUUUCUAGAAUCAGGAGUCCCUGAAGAAGUCUUGGAGAGGCCAUUAAUACUUAGGAAGAAGCUAAACGAAGUUUUCGUGUCUAAGACGUUCGUAGAUGGGAUUUUCGACAACUUGAAUCUCGCUAGGCUUCUGGAAAUAAUCGACAACAAAAAAGUGAGUUCAUUGGUUGCAAAUAAGAAUCGCAAAAUUUUGAAAAUAGGAUCCAAACCUUGAUCAUAGAAUCUACAGACUAAAAAGGAACCCAAUCGUAGAUAAACUUGAGCUACAAGCAACCUCAUUUUUUCGAGAGCUAACACAAUGAAAAAAUACUAGGAACUGUUGUAAUUAAAAAAAUGUGAAGUUUUCAUAAAUUCACCCAAUGAUGCAUGCAGUCCCGUGGAUAUCUUAACCUUUUUAACGUAAUUUUUCCUCCUUAAACUUUUUUAUUAUUCGCUUUUCACAAAAAGACAUUACAAAUUUUAAUAAAAUGUACUCCGCUUCUUGACUGCCUGAAUUGAGUUCUUUGGAGUCGAUGAGAUGUUGAUCCAAACACUUUUUGUGAACGAUUUGGGUCUGCCUGGCCAGAUGCGCUCAGGAUGUUAUGGAGACUACUCCGAUUUCGUCAGGUAAAAAAGAAAAAAAAAGCCCAAUCAAAAAUUUCUUCUUGAAGGUUAACGUUUUGGGAUUGGAAUGGUGAUCCGAAUGGCAGAAUUUUGACCUGCAAGUCCUUACAGAAAAGACAUGGGGUUUGUCUUCUCGGCGUCGAAUAUUUACCGGAUUUGCAAUCAUCUCCACAUUUAAUUGGUAGCGUUGUUCCAAUGAAGCUCGAAAUGGCAAUCUUUUCAGCAAAUAAAGUGGUCUCGGAAUUCGACUUUGGCACAGCCUUGUGUAUGAGCGAGUUACUGCACAAUCGUUCUAUGACUAACUCCAGAAUAGAUCUCGAUGUUUAUAAAAAAUCUCCAAUGGUUUUUUGUAGCUGAUUCAAACAAUAAAAUAAACAAUAAAUUUGAGGUUCGUGAGAUGGAAGCGAUUCGGGAAGGCAACUUCGACAAAAAAACAUUCCUCUGUAAUCCAUGAAACUGGAACUGUUUUUUUUUCAAAUAUACUUUUUACGGGUUUAAUAAAGUCCUCUUUCCUUUUAAACUUCAAAUACGUCUUUUUAACGCGCUGCAUCAUCUACAUAUAUAUAUAUUCAUUAACGCAUGAAAGAAAAAUUCUAAGAACACAGAUGAUACAGAAAGCUAAAACUUAAAUGUCUCUCAGAAAAUAGUAAACCUUGGGUAAAGAUUUCAAUUUCUUAGAAUAUGUGUCUCAAUGUCCUUCGUAACUGUAUUAUACGAAAAAAGGCUUCUUCGCUUCGUAUAUAAUUUUUGGCCCUUAAGAGGGCCGUUGGUAAGCCUUUCCGAGGCUGCAAAAAUGGAGGCUCAGUCGGUCCGGUUCUGGGCCUCUCUCUCGACUAUUCUUCGACGUAUCGAAUGAUUGGACCAGGAUCUGGUAUCAUUCGGCUCACUUCUUCCAGAAUGUCUAUGAAAAGCAAGACAUGCCGAAGCUCGAAACCCUGA